AUGCCUCCGUCGAACAAGAUGUUUCAGUCGGGGCAACGGAACAUGGAGUUCUUCCAGGAUGAGGUCUUCUUUGACAGGGUGGACGGCGUGUUGGUGCUUCGAGCCAUUGUCAUCGAGGCAAAGAAGGUGCUUUGCUUGCUUGAAGCUACUUUGGAGUUGAAGCUUCUUUGGAAUGGAGUUGCUUCACAAGAUUUUGCACGCGAGUCAGUGCCUUCCGUUGUGAAGGAGAUGCUGCCAAUGCUACCGAAUGCGAUCUUCGCCACAGACAUGUUUGCCUUCCACUGGUUCCAGGUGCAGGACGCAAUGAAUUCUGAGGUCUUUGAUGGCAUCAAGCUUUCUUUGUUCCUGGCAUUCCUGGUGCUGCUCGGAGCCACUCAAAACUAUCUGCUUGCGCUCAUCUCCGUCUCGUGCAUCGUUGCCAUUGCCAAGAUCUCAGUCUCCUCGGUUCUGGCCUUCGCCGUCUGCAUGAACUGGAAGACCAGCGUGUCGGAGGCCAUCAUCUACGUCAUGGUCAUCGGCCUCUCCGUAGAUUACGUGAUCCACUUAGGUGAUGCCUACCUUGAGUGUCCCGACGAGAGCCGCGAGGACCGUGUUCAGUUUAUGGUGACCAAGAUGGGUGUCUCUGUAAUAUCUGGAGCAAUCUCCUCUGCAGGAGCCGCCAUCUUCAUGACCUUCUGCCAGAGAUUCUUGCUGGCAAGGGCAGUGAUGAAAAGUGCACACAGACCUUUCAGGUCCAAUUCGGCAAUACUGACAGGGCACAGGGCUCUUGCUAAAGAGUUCUUCUGCCUUACCGACAGCGGCCCUAACUGCGCCACAGGCUUUCUACAUAGUCGGUCUCGGAAGGCUUCCACUGGAUUCUGUCCUCUCGUUCUUAUCUUCAUCUGA